AUGGAAGCCCUAUUGCCCCCCGCCGUAGUCGAGUCUCUCCCGCCAGCAUUCAACAGUCGUCCCGGCCCUACGUGUGGGAAUGGUACUAGGGUCUUCCAGCUCGACAUCAAAGGCAAGUACGAUGGUCCUAUGUACUCGAUGACUCCUGAUUUGCCCAUCGCUUGCAGCCUCCUGUCACCUAUCAGCAAUCGUCCUGGUAUGGCCACCACAAGUCAUCAAUUUCGUGGCCAUCGAAGUUCUGGAGUAUCCAUCUACUACCAGAAUGUAAGAGGAUUGCGGACUAAGAUUGAAGACUUUUUUACUUCCGUUACUGCUUCGCCAUAUGACGUACUCGUGUUAAUUGAAACCUGGCUCGAUGAUGUUAUACCUUCUAACAUGCUGUUUAGCAGCGAUUAUUCUGUUUAUCGUUCAGGCGGUGUCCUCAUUGCUGUGAAGGAUACCAUCCCGUCCAGUCUAGUUCCGACUAACGUAGACAGCAUUGAGCACGUAUGGGUGUCGUUAAGCAUGUCACAAUGUAAGCUUGUCAUUGGUGCCGUGUAUAUUCCUCCAGAUAAGGCGUCGGAUGUGCAGUUGUCUAAUCUCCACAUCGACUGUAUGGAAUCAGUAGUCUCACACUCCGGGCAUGAUUCGGUUGCUGUAUUCGGUGACUACAACAGACCUGGGCUGCGAUGGAUUCGAAACGAUAAUUCUAGAUGUUGCGUGGAUCUGCUUGACGGCAUGAGCUCCAAUAACAUGUGGCAGAUGAACUGCCUGAAAAACCACUCCGGGAAUACGCUUGAUCUGUUAUUUGUCAAUGAGGAGAUAACUAACUACUUGACUAUUGAUGAAAUUGACAAUCCUCUUGUUCCAACCGACAUCCACCGUCCACCUUUCUCAUGUACAAACGAAAUUGACAAGCCUUUACUAGAGCUCAAUGACCAUGAAUUUGACGUCGAAGCACUUAACUUCAAGAAAGCUGAUUUCAACAGAUUGGGCCAAUAUUUAUCGUCAGUGGACUGGUUGCCAAUGAUCCAGUGUGUAAAUCUGGAUGAUGCUGUCGAGAAGUUCACUCUCAUACUUCAACGCGCUUUCAUCUUAUUCGUUCCACAUCUACGUCCCCCGCAGAAACCACCUUGGUCAAACGCUGAGCUUCGACGUAAGAAUAAACGCUGCAACGCUGCGCAUAAGAUUUACCGAAGAAAUCGUACAUCAACGAACAAAGCGUCGUUCCAAUUCGCCAGCCGUCAAUAUAGAAGCCUAAACCGUCAACUCUAUCGUGAACAUGUGGUCUUUACGGAGCGAAAUUUGAAACGCAAUCCAAAAAGCUUCUGGAAUGUUGUGAAAUCUAAGCGCAAAGAGUCUACACUACCUUCGGUAAUGUAUUUGGAUGAACGACUGGCUUGCAGCUCUUCGGAUAAAUGUAAGCUUUUUGCUGCCUUCUUCAGUUCGAUGUUCAACCCCACCUCUGACAGUGUUGAAGCUGCUCUGGAACUAACUCCUGCUGGGAGCGCUGACGCUGAUACACCUGAAGUAUCAUCAGAAGGGAUACGAAAAGCGGUCGAGAAAUUAAAAAUUUCCUAUCAGCCUGGACCUGAUGGAAUUGCAGCGUGUGUUCUGAAAAAAAUGCUUCGAACAUCUGGAGCAGCCACUCACUCAUUUGUACAACUUGUCUCUGAGAACUGCAACCUUCACGACUCGAUGGAAAGCAUCGUUCAUGUUUCCGGUGCAUAA